AUUUGGUGUGCGAAUGAUUCGCAACUGAUCACCCACCUAAAUAAGUGUGAGUAUAGGAAAUUAAUCAAAUCAUAAUCCACUCACAUUAAUCAUCCACCUACAAUAAUUUAAAUUAUUUUGGGACGGAUGGAAGAAGUCAUACCGCAAUUUAACCUCCCACCUAACCAUCCAAUUAAACAAAACAAAUGAAUUAUAUUAGUAUAUUUAUAUAAUGGGACAGCUGACAGUUAGUAGAUAUCAAUUUGUCUUAUUUUCAUAUUGUACUUACUUAAUUCGGCAAUUAUCCUGAUCCAGGGAUUAAUCGCCACAGUAUGAGCUUUUGAAAUACAGAAACAUGCAGGCAUAUAUGUAUUAGUAUUAUAUAUAAUGGGCAAGACCUAAGAAGGCAUGUUAGUAGAUAUCAACUUUGUCUUAUUUUCAUUUGUGCUUUACUUAAUUCGGCAAAUAUUCCUCAUCCAUGGAUUAAUCGCCACAGUUAACAUUUUUCCAUGUUGAGCGGAUGGUCACCAUCGCACAACUAAGGGUAAAUUGGAUAUGAAAAUUAAAUAUUUAUUACUAGGUCGUAUAAACAAUACUACUAUAAAAUAAAAUAAAAGAUCAAUACCAAAUUAUAAAAAAAUAUGACCAUUUCACAAACACCAAAUCUAUGCGAAAAAUUCCGCGGUUCAGACGGACGGAUACCAAUCCAUCGGGAACCAAAUAUCAGUUUAGCCGAACGGAUACCAAUUGAUCCAACACGAAACAAUAUCAGUUCAGAUGGACGGAUAGAUAGUUAUUUAUUGUGUAAACAAAACGUACAAUAUUGAACAAAACAAUAUCAAUCUAAUGACUUAAGGACAACACACAAACUGAAAGGAGGGAUAAUAAUUUUACUAUGCAUCAAUUAAACAAACAUAUCACACAAGCGUUUCAUCAUAUAAGUUUGAAUAAAAAUUCCUAAAUUGUGAACUAAAUUGUCGAGAAUCUCAUCAAGUUGCAUUACAGAAAGACUUUGUAAGGUCUAUUAUAUUUUAUAUAACAGUUUAAUCAAAUGUGAUAUUUUUUUUAUUACUUGAUUCGCUUAUCAUCAACUAAGAUUAAUUUUUUGUUACCUCCUAUAUUCAACAUCUUAUCAAUUUGCAUUACAUAAAUUAAAGCUAUUAUAAGAUAUAAGUUAAUCCUACACAAUAGUUUGAUCAAAUUGAGAUCUAUAAUCAAUGUGGCUAUCAUGUUUUACUAUUUUACAUUUAAUAAAUAUGAACACAGACAUAUAUUACACACCAGACGUACGCUUGCCUUUUCCAUGUACAUAAUACGUUUUGAGUAACAACACCAAAAUGUGAUAUUCAAAGGAAAUAGUUCCUAGCUAAUGUUGUAAUCACUCUACUUUUCUAUUUUGGGCGAUACACUACACCCGAGUAUAUAUAUACACACUUAAAUGUACAUUUUUUUUUGUAGUGUACGUAGAGUCCAAACAAUCUUCUAGCGCACAAACAUUGUACUUAUAGACCAACAUUUAGUCAUUUACAACAACGUUAAGUACGGUGUUGGUUUGUUCCUGGCUCAGGAAUGUUCUGCCGAAUUGGUCCAACUAUAUAUAUAAAUAAAUAGAACUGAUGAUUGAAUUACAUGCAAUAGGUAAAAUAUUACUUUAAUUUGCAUAUACAAAAAAAUGGGUUCAUCGUCAUCAUUAUGUUCUGCCGUAUUGCUAGUACUCGUCAUCACGUCGCUCGGAAUUCGUACGACGACGGCGCAGGAAAUGGAAUUUCUAUGCAACAGCGAAAAGUUCCCCCUCGACGAUCCAAAGCGCGUUUGUACAUAUCACAUGCUCGACGAUUUGCUUGGAUGGGGGGCCGAGCCGGAGGACGGCAGAUGGUACGACAGUUGGGACUGCGAGGACGGCCGGAGUACCAUCUACGGUUUCCGGUACUCCGACCGGAGCGUCGGCCGUUGCAUCGGGACGGCCAAGGACAUCCUCCAGAACCGGCAGUGCCGCGGCCACAUCGGAGGUCGGGCGUGGGGCGUGGGGUGUUACAUGAGGUUUGAGAUUGUCCCUUUUGAUGUAGACGACGACGAAUAAACGAUGAUACAACUGUUGGGAUGAAUAGCUUUUUUUUUUCUGUUCGAUUUCGAAUAACAACAAAAAAAAAUGUGUCGUAUGAUAGGGUUAGGUUUGGUUCCUUUUGAAGUUUUGAAUUGUUGCAUUUGAGUCGCUUGUAUCGCGCGCGCGUUGAGUGAGUGGGUUGAGAGUUUCCAGCUCGAGUAGAGAGUUGAGUUAUUUAACAAAUUAGAGUUUAGGAUUGUUGAUGGACUGAGUAUUUGUUAUUUUCUUUUCGUUUAAAUAAAGUUUCGUGAGUAUUCCUGCAUUUGAUGUGUACAUUGUUAUGGUGCUUGCCGAGGAGGUGGCAACGGCGAUGAUCAUUUGGACCGCGGUGAAGUAGGAAGGGAGUCAAGGAGUGAAGGGAGGGAAAAUUACAGAGAAGAGGGGCAAGGAUUUUGCAACAUCAAGAUGCUUUUCUGAUCAAUUAGUUGUUGUCCACUUUGGAUUUACUCUUGCACGGUUUUGAUUUUAGUGCAAAUUAAUGGUGAUUUAUCGGGAGGUCAUCCAUCUUUGCACUUAUUGUUUUUUUUUUAAAUAGAAUUUGUUAUUUAAGAAUCAUGGAUCUCUUACGUGUUUAAUCGAUAUGAGAUCUGUCGAAAUUGGGCAGCUCAAUUAGUAUAGUACAAUAUUGUCCGCUUUGGGCCAAGCCCGCACGGAUUUAAUCUUGGGUGUCCUCCCUAAAAGGCCUCGUACUAAUGGGCUAGGUGGACACUAAUAUACAAGGGUUUCUUCCCUUGUAUUUUCGAUGUGGUACUUGGAUUGUUCCAUAACAAUCCUCCCCUCAAGCCCAGGACCUCAUACUAAUUGGGUUAGCCGUGGACUCUGAUAUAAAAGGGUUCCUUCCCUUGUAUUACCGAUGUGGUACUUGGAUUAUCCCAUAACAAGAUCCAUAAUUAAUAAGUAACAAGUUAUCUACCCACAAUUUUUUUAGACUUCGUUGGAACUUGGAUUGGUCACUGGUUAACUCACAAAAACAAUUCUCUUGCUACCAUUAGGUAAAUUUACUGACAUUUAAAAUAAAUUUCUCGAAAAUUAGUAAGAUUAUAGCGAUUUGUAAGACACAUUCAAGUUUGUUUCACAAUAAAUAAGUACGAGCCAGAGGCUAACCAACCUAUAAUCUACUCACAUCAAGCGCACACUCGUACAAUAAUUCACAUUAUUUGCAAGCGGGUUGAUAUCAAACUGCAAGAUUCAGUCACCCAUGCAAUCCCAAUCGCAACAUGCCAAACAAAAGGAAUUAAUUGGUUGCACCAUCGAUCUGUAGCAAUUAGUAAAGACCAACUUGUCUUAUUUUCUUUGUAGUUGCUUAAUUCGGCAAUUAUCCCUGCCCUAAUUAUUAAUCCAGAAUCUACUCUACCGGAUAAAAGGUAUUAUUUGGGUGAGUCGCCAAACAAUGGUGAUGCUUCUUAUGUGCAAGCUAAGACCAAAUUAAAUAGAGAUCAUAUUAUUUCCCAGUUCUUAAAUUUGGACACAACAAUCCAAAAGUUAAAAAAUGGAAAAGUUUUUUUAAUUAUUGACAGGGUAGGUAUUAUGAAAAAUUAUGAAGUAUACAAAAUAGACUUACAAACCGUACAAACUAGAACGACAAAAUAUACAAUGAGAUUUACAGACAAUACAAAACAUACGAAUUAUACAAACAAUACAAAGUAGACCAAAAAACAAUACAAACCAUAAAAAAUGGAAAAACAACCAGAUUGACUUUGGAGGCUUCAUCCCUAUAUAGAGGGGCACCGUCCGAAAGUCAACCCGAUUGUUUUGUUAGACAUACUAACAUUACAAACAUGGUGGACAAAAAUUACAAAGUAGACCGACAUACCAUACAAAAUGGAAGAACACCCAAGUUGAUUUUGGAGGAUUAAUCUCUAUAUAGGGGAGUUAAAAAAAAACAUUACAAACUGACAAAUAUUAAAAAAGAAACCAACAAACAUUACAAAAAUAACAAAUCUUACAAACAUUA